AUGCCCCGCCGUCCCAGCAUAACCGUCCAAGCUCAGCACCACUGGGUCUACGAAGCGCACCUCAACGAAGAAGCCCGCGCCCUAGCAGAGAGUCUGAAUCUGAAUCUCCCCCAAGGCAGUCCCGGUGGUCUCGAAAGCAGUCUUCUCUACCCCCUCCGCCGCCUCAUAGUAACCGGCCAAGAUACGCUCGGUAACAUGCAGCUCCUCUUCGGGGUAACCACCGUCCCAGAUCUGCAUGCCGAGGCCCGCGAGAUAGUCCUGGUUGACUCAGCAGCGCACAUGAAUGUGCCGAGCGCACCCAUUGCAGGGAGUCUGGACGAUGGGUGUCCGUACUGGGCGCCAAGGCCGGCUAGUCCAGAGGAGGAGGACGAGAUCAGGAGGCACUCUGAGUUUAGUCGGAAUUACGCAGCGAUGUUGCCUUGGGCGUCAGGGGCGCUGAAUGAAAGACCUAAGGCGGGGAAGGGGGAUGGGAAUACGCGGAGGAGGGCUUCAUAA